AAGUGAAGUAGCAUACUAGCAUGUGUUUAACCUUUACUAUGAAGUCAAACCACCAAAUAACACCUGCCUUCCCAUAAUCAUGAAAUACAUUACAAUCAUAUUUUCUAACCAUAAAUGUUCUUUUCCCCCCUAUAAAAGCUCCCUAGUGGUACGAGUUAAGUUAUUCCACACACACACACACAAAAAUAAUGACACACUUCUCAUUGCAUUUUUUCAUGCUAUGCGCAACUACUAUCAUAACAUUUACAACACAAGGUGUAAAAGCCUCUUUUAGAAGCAAAGGGAAUGCAAAUGUAACAAUGCAAUUUGAAGCCAUUUACCAAUUUGGUGACUCCCUUUCCGACACCGGCAACUUAAUCCGGGAGCCCUACGGCGCACGAACCGCUUUUGCGAGACUUCCUUAUGGCCGAACCUUCUUUCACCGCCCUACGGGCCGAUGCUCCGAUGGCCUUCUCAUGGUGGAUUACUUUGCUAUGUACUUUCACCUACCACUACUGAAUCCAUAUCUUGCACGAAGAAGUGACUUUAGCAAUGGAGCCAAUUUCGCCGUGGCAGGCGCAACUGCGCUUGAUCCUGCUGCUUUGGCUGCGCGCAAUGUAUCUCUACCUCUUACACGAAGCACUUUGGCUAGGCAAAUUCGUUGGUUUAAAUAUCUUCUCCACUCUACUUUAUCUAAUCCGAGAGAAAUCAAAGAAAAACUUCAAAAGUCAUUAGUGAUGAUGGGAGAAAUUGGAGGCAAUGACUACAAUUUCGCUUUUUUCCAAGGUAGAACCAUGCAUGAAGUAUAUAAGCUUGUCCCUUACGUCGUACAAGCCAUUAAAGCUGCAGUACAAGAAGUGAUUAAGCUUGGAGCUACUAACAUUGUGGUGCCAGGAAACUUUCCCAUUGGUUGCGUACCUCUUUAUCUGGUUGGAUUUCCAUCCAAAUAUGCAUCAAAGUAUGAUGAAUUUCAGUGCUUAAAAGACUACAAUGACUUCUCAAAGUUUCACAAUGAGCUUUUGAUAAAAACCAUCCAAGAGUUGCAGCAAGAGCACCCGGGUGUUGCCAUUGCCUAUGGAGACUAUUACUCUGCCCUAAUGUGGGUCAUUACCCAUGCUCCUCGGUUAGGGUUCGAGGUAGAUGGGUCAAAAAGGGCUUGUUGUGCAUUGGGUAACAAUCCUUAUAAUUAUGAUCCAAGAAGAGGCUGUGGAAGCCCUGGAGUUCCAGUAUGUCAAGAUCCUAGUAAAACAGUAAAUUGGGAUGGAAUUCAUAUGACUCAAGAAGGGAACAAAAAUGUGGCAAGAUGGUUAUUAAGAAAUAUUGUACCUACACUUCAAAGACAUAUUCAUGUUUAAAACAAUAAGUAAUAUAUAGCUUAAUAUCACCCUUUUUUAGAUUACUUGCAUGGAAAAUAUAACACCAUGGAGUAGAUUGAAUAGGCAUGCGAGAUUUGAUAAUAUAUACAUAUAUAUUCUUGGCAAAUGUCAAUUUAGAGCCAUGUUUUAUUCUAAGCCUCUAGCUUUGGAGAAAAUUUUCUUAAUUAUACUAACCAUAUAUAAUUGAUAA